AUGGACAGCCAGCAUGUCAACGGGUCGGCCUGCAAAACGAUAAAAGUGAUGGUGUCAGAACGGCGGGUGAAGCGCUCAGCGUUGAGCUACGAGAACCGAUCGGAGCGUUUCCUCAUUGGUGCAGCGGAUAUGGGAAGCGGAUGGCAUCAACGGCAAUACUUCCACUUGUACGAAGCUCGAGUGAAAGCAGUUCGUGAAAGAAUUCUUCAGAACGCUCAACGAAUGCUUUCAAAGAAUAUCAAGAUUUCAUCACUGGAAAAUGUUGCUGAAGAGGUCGAUUCACAAUCGACGACUGCUACUGAUGUUCUGGUUGUUGGAACAAUUGAGAAACGAAUCCGAGCUCGGCCCUCGGUUUUGAAGACCAUGGCGGAUGACGAUCUUAAAAUGGAUGACAGUGAGGAGGAUGGCGGAAAUGGGAUCGACUCGGAGGUGCCAACUCUCAUCGGAAACAAGGAUUUUCUCGAGUUUGAAGACGAUAAGCAAAUUUUGACGGGUAAUAUUAACAUGGACUCUGUGGCGACUGGGUGCACUUGCGGAUUGUUUGGGCGUCAGGUUAGUGGCGGUGUUUUUGAAGUGAAACAAGUUGUCUGGCCGAUGCCCGCUCCACAAAGACCGCUUCCAACUUUUGAUUCAGAACCAAUGAUUGCUUUUCUUUCCGGUAUCAACGUUUGUGGAAAUCCGCAACAAGACGCGAAUGCCUUGUCUGGAUUGACUCUCUUUACACAAUGGGCCGGUGGACAAAUGGGAAUUGAGACUGACAAAGCUGCUCAUGUAUGCCGAGUAGUGAUUACUGGAGAAAGCAUAAAUGUUGCAAGUCAAGCAGUCGAAUUUGCAAACAAGGCUGCCUAUUUGAUUCGACACGAAGAGGCACCGAAUGUCGGCUGUGCGAAAGUUUUAGACGAACACAUUGCACGAUUGACGACUUUGAUGCCAGUUGAUUUGAUGCCUGGAGAUGGUGAUCCUACAGUGGCCCUUCACCCACAACGACCAAUUCAUAAAACCGUUCUGCCGAUGGCUGGUUUAAAUGGUGGGACGCUUAAUUUGACGACGAAUCCUUACGAAUUCAGCCUUGGUGAACUCGACUUUUGUGUACUCUCUGGUCAGACAAUCACCGAUUUGCGACGUCUUUCAACAAUCAAUUCGGCGUCUAAAUUGAUGACUCAUAUGCUCACCUGGCAACAUCUAGCGCCAACUUGUCCUGAUACGGUUGAUGGUUUUCCGUUAAUUGAUCGGGAUCCUUUUGUGAUCGAACGGUUCCCACAUGUGAUGGUUGUUGGAAAUCAGCCAAAAGCUGAGGUUGAUGUGUUCGAGUCGGCUGGUCGUCGUUGUGUUCUCAUUUCACUUCCGCGUUUCUCUCGAUCACAAAUCGUCGCUCUUCUUAAUCUUCGCACACUCAAAGUUGAAUGGAAACAAUUUACAGUU